UUUGAUUUGUGUUCUUUGAAGUGGGAAUUUGAUUUGUGUUGUGGUGGAUUAAUGAGAGUUUGAAGUUUGAUUGAUCAUUGUGAUAGAUUGUAUUGUUUAAAUGGCUUUAAAAGAGUUGAUUGAGAUCAAAUUCAGGCUUGCUGAUGGAAGUGAUAUUGGACCCAACAAGUAUAUGCCAAGCACCACAGUGGCUACUCUUAAAGAAAAGAUAAUUGCACAGUGGCCCAAAGAUAAAGAUUCUGGGCCGAAGACAAUAAAUGAUGUGAAGCUUAUUAAUGCUGGAAGGAUACUUGAGAACAAUAAAACACUUGGUGAAUCUAGACUCCCAGUUGCUGAAGUUCCAGGAGGUGUCAUCACUAUGCAUGUUGUUGUACGCCCACCUAUGAAUGAGAAAGCCCGUGCUAAACAGCGGGACGAUUCCCCAAGGAAAGACGGGUGUGCAUGCACAAUCUUGUAAUCCGUCUGACCAGAUAACAGAAUUACUCCAGUUUAGUAAUAUCCCAUAGCUCAUGGAUUUUUCAGUAGCGGAUCGUUGGUUGCUUGAAGAAGUAUAUUGAACGUUAGUGGAGUCCAAGAAGAUAUGAAAUGACAAAAUUUGGAAGUUCAAUUAUCAUUCAAGGUCUUUGCUUUUACUUUUAGAUUUCAGCUUUGUAAGCUUUCUCUAAGGCAAAAAAGGAUUGGUGCAUUGUUGUGUAGGGAACUUCUUUGGAAAGUAUGAAAAUUUCUUUCUUUUUAGGUUGGGUGCAUUGGGGUUAAACAAGGGAACAAGAAGAACAAAAGAAUUGUUGAAGAUUAUAGUUGGUUUGAUUUCAUUUCAUUUGCAAUCCUAUAGUUACUAUGAAGAAUUUUCUUCUGUUAUUGAUGCUCCAAUAUCUAUGGCAUCACAUUCACCAUACCAA